AGGCGGCGGCGGUCACUGGCCAGGCGUGGGCGCGCGGGGCUGCCGCGGGCACUGAGAGUCGGCUGAGUAGCCUGAGCCCGGAGCACCUCGGCUGCAGCUUCGCGCCCUGCGUCCUUCCAUCCGCCCUCGCCCAGCCAUGCCCGCGGUGGACAAGCUCCUGCUGGAGGAGGCGUUGCAGGACAGCCCCCAGACUCGCUCUUUACUGAGUGUGUUUGAAGAAGAUGCCGGCACCCUCACCGACUACACCAACCAGCUGCUGCAGGCCAUGCAACGCGUCUUCGGAGCCCAGAAUGAAAUGUGCUUGGCCACCCAACAGCUUUCCAAGCAGCUGCUGGCGUAUGAAAAGCAGAAUUUCGCUCUUGGCAAAGGUGAUGAAGAAGUAAUUUCUACGCUCCAUUAUUUUUCUGAAGUAGUGGAUAAGCUUAAUGUCCUCCAUACAGAGCUGGCCAAACAGCUGGCAGGCGCCAUGGUCCUACCUAUUGUACAAUUUCGAGAAAAGGAUCUCACAGAAGUAAGCACUUUAAAGGAACUUUUCGGACUCGCCAGCAGUGAGCAUGAUCUCUCAAUGGCAAAAUACAGCAGGCUCCCUAAAAAAAAGGAGAAUGAAAAGGUAAAGACUGAAGUUGUGAAGGAGGUGGCAGCUGCACGGCGGAAGCAGCACCUGGCGUCCCUCCAGUACUACUCCGCCCUCAAUGCGCUACAGUACCGGAAGCAGAUGGCCAUGAUGGAGCCCAUGAUAGGCUUCGCCCAUGGACAGAUUAACUUUUUUAAGAAGGGAGCAGAGAUGUUUUCCAAAAGCAUGGACAGCUUUCUAUCCUCUGUUGCAGACAUGGUUCAGAGCAUUGAGGUGGAACUGGAAGCUGAAGCAGAAAAGACACGGAUAUCUCAGCAAGAAUUGCUUUCUGUCGAUGAAUCUGUCUACACGCCAGACUUCGAUGUGGCUGCACCCCAGGUCAACAGGAACCUCAUCCAGAAGGCCGGUUACCUUAACCUUAGAAACAAGACGGGGCUGGUCACCACCACCUGGGAGAGACUUUACUUCUUCACCCAAGGCGGGAAUCUCAUGUGUCAGCCCAGGGGAGCUGUGGCUGGAGGUCUGAUCCAGGACCUGGACAACUGCUCGGUGAUGGCGGUGGAUUGCGAAGACCGACGAUACUGCUUCCAGAUCACCACUCCCAGCGGAAAACCGGGAAUCAUCCUCCAGGCAGAGAGCAGAAAAGAAAAUGAAGAGUGGAUAUGUGCAAUAAACAACAUCUCCAGACAGAUCUACCUGACCGACAACCCAGAGGCAGUCGCCAUCAAGUUGAAUCAGAAGGCUCUCCAGGCUGUGACUCCAUUUACAAGUUUUGGAAAAAAACAAGAAAGCUCCUGCCUCAGCCAGAACUUGAAAAAUUCAGAAACAGAAAAUGACAAGAUUGUUCCCAAAGCAACAGUCAGUAUUCCUGAAGCAGAAGAACUGAUCGCACCUGGGACGCCUAUUCAGUUUGAUAUUGUACUUCCUGCCACAGAAUUCCUCGAUCAGAACAGAGGGAGCAGGCGGAUCAACCCUUUUGGUGAAACUGAAGAUGAGUCAUUUCCGGAAGCAGAAGAUUCUCUUUUGCAACAGAUGUUUAUAGUUCGUUUUUUGGGGUCAAUGGCAGUUAAAACAGACAGCACUACUGAAGUGAUCUAUGAAGCAAUGAGACAAGUGUUAGCAGCUCGGGCUAUUCAUAACAUCUUCCGUAUGACAGAGUCUCAUCUGAUGGUCACCAGUCAAACUCUGAGGUUGAUAGAUCCUCAGACUCAGGUGUCAAGGGCCAACUUUGAACUUACCAGUGUCACACAGUUUGCUGCUCAUCAAGAAAACAAAAGACUGGUUGGCUUUGUCAUCCGAAUUCCAGAGUCCACAGGAGAAGAGUCUCUCAGCACGUACAUUUUUGAAAGCAACUCAGAAGGCGAAAAGAUAUGUUAUGCUAUUAAUUUGGGAAAAGAAAUUAUUGAGGUUCAAAAGGAUCCAGAAGCACUGGCUCAAUUAAUGCUGUCUAUACCACUAACCAAUGAUGGAAAAUAUGUACUGUUAAAUGAUCAAUCAGAUGACAAUGAUGGAAAUCCAAGUGAAAAUAGAAGCGCAGAAUCUGAAGCGUGACUCACUGGGGCCUGUGGGGGAAGUGCGCACAGGAAGGAAAGCUACCUCCUUAAGGGUUUUCAACUUCUCUGAUGUAUAGGCACACUGACCUGGCUUCAGAAUGCUGACAAUCGUUUGUGGAAUGUGCCCCUUGAUGCCUUGAUACUGAGACUUGGGAGGGAAACAGUUAAGAAAAGGGUGAGAGCCUUCCUACCCAUCUACAAAUGUUAUUUUAGGUGCCUUGUGGUAAGUCUUUUUUCCUUAGAUUGCAUUGCAGUGCCCACAAUGAGAGCUAUGAAAAAUGCAUUGUUCACUUUAUUUGAAUGUCAUCUCUUGAGUUUCUAGUGUCUAUUUUAAAGGUGGAAAAAAAGUAGCUUUACAAGUUGAUAAAUACUAAGUAUUUCCAAUUAAUAUAAUCUAUUUUUAUAUUUUACUUAAAGCUUAUCAAGUGCCUGUCAUCCUGAAGGUUGUAUAUUUAUAAUUCAGCUUAUCUCAUAAUUGGACCUAGCAGCAUUACUGUGUGCAGUGAGGUGACAAGCACUGCUUUGAAGCCCAAGCACCAGUAGAGAUGCAGGUCUAGUAUUGGCAACUAUGUUAGACAUCAUGCAAUAGAAGGACUAGUAGAUGAAUACUACAAAGAAAGUUUUAUAACACAACCUCACUGAACCAGCAUUCAGAAGUUUAAGGUCCUCUUAGAUAUGACCUUUUAAUGGCUAUUCAGGAUGCAGCUCUAUCAGUUCCUGUUUCUUCUGAGCCAGACCCUCCUCAAGGAAGGGGUCAAUUAAUUUUUAAAACUCACUUGAAGCACAGCUGGUCGUGGGGCUUGGUCUGAAGUUCCUAUUUCUACCCCAAUAUUUUCUGGUUCCUAGACUCCCAGAUCCCUCUUAGCUAUGAAAUAAAUAUAAGAUCAUGAAUUGGUACAGUGUGUUUAAUUGUAACCAAGUUCAACAGACUAUCAUUUUUGUAAUUAACCAGCAAUAAAUAUUACCAUUCUGUUUCUUUC